GUGCGCAUGCUCCCUCUUACUGGCAGCGGGCCCCGCCCUCCGCCUACUUCGGAGCCUGUCAGAGGGAUCGGCCCGCUUCGGCCAGGCCUCGUCGGGCCAGCCUUGCCGCCUCGCUCUCCGCGAACGCCGACUGGAAGCGCAGCCAGCGAGGAAGAGCAGAGCAGAGCAGGCGCUGCCAUGGGGACCCGCGACGACGAGUACGACUACCUCUUCAAAGUGGUGCUGAUUGGAGACUCCGGGGUAGGAAAGAGCAACCUCUUGUCUCGCUUCACUCGCAACGAGUUCAACCUGGAGAGCAAGAGCACCAUCGGGGUGGAGUUCGCCACCCGCAGCAUCCAAGUGGAUGGCAAGACCAUUAAGGCCCAGAUCUGGGACACUGCUGGGCAGGAACGCUACCGCGCCAUCACCUCUGCCUACUACCGGGGGGCGGUGGGGGCACUGCUGGUCUAUGACAUCGCCAAGCAUCUGACCUACGAGAACGUGGAGCGCUGGCUGAAGGAGCUGCGGGACCAUGCCGACAACAACAUUGUCAUCAUGCUGGUGGGCAACAAGAGCGACCUGCGCCACCUCCGGGCUGUGCCUACCGACGAGGCCCGCGCCUUCGCAGAAAAAAACAACUUGUCCUUCAUCGAAACCUCGGCUCUCGACUCCACAAACGUCGAAGAGGCCUUCAAGAACAUCCUGACAGAAAUCUACCGCAUCGUGUCGCAGAAGCAGAUUGCAGACCGGUCGGCCCACGAUGAGUCACCCGGCAACAACGUGGUGGACAUCAGUGUCCCGCCCACCACCGACGGACAGAAAGCCAACAAACUCCAAUGCUGCCAGAACCUGUGACCUUCUCUCCCCAGAAGGGGCUGCUGCAGCCUGCACUUCCUGUCCCUCCCCCUGGAAACCUGUGCCCACUUCCUUCUUCCUUCCUCCCAGUGAUUUCCUCCGUUUCCUUCUUUCACAGCAUUAUCCUCCAUGUUCCCUUUGGGUGGGGUCCCUUUCUUUUUUCCAACCUUAUUAUUAUUAUUUUAUUGUUAUUAUUAUUACUAUUAUUAUUUUGGGAUCCCCUCUGCUAAGGCCUCACCAGCGUUUUGGACCUCUAAAGUAUGCACCUAUCUAUCCAUCUCUUCCUCAUAUCUUUCUAUCUAGUUCAUCUAUCUAUCGAGCCAUCUCUCUCUCAUUUGUCUCUAUCUAAUGUAUACAUCUGUCUAAUCUAUCGAUCUUUCUAUCCAAUUUAUAUAUCUAUCUAAUCUCUCUAUAUAUAUAAUCUAUCUAAUUUAUUCAUCUCUGUAAUCUUUCUAAUGUAUACAUCUGUCUAAUCUAUCCAUCUCUCAUCUUUCUAACGUAUACAUCUAUCUGUAUCCAUCUCUCUUACUUUAAUCUAUCCUAUGUAUACAUCUAUCUAAUCUAGCCAUCUUUCUCUAAUCAAUCUAUCGAAUGUAUACACCUAUCUAUCUAAUUUAGCCAUCUCUCUCGCAUCCUUUCUAAUUUAUUCAUCUAAACGGGGGAUUCUGGGAGUUGGAGGCCUUCCAUGUCUCUCUCUUUCCAUCCAUGUGUAUGUCUUAUAUAAUUUAAACCUCUAUGUAAUCUGUCCAUCUCUCGCUCUAAUCUAUCCAUCUAUGCAAUCUAUCCUUCUCAUCCAUCCAUCCAUCCCUCUAUCAUAUCUCUCUCUUUCCCUCCCUCUUCCUCCCUCUCUCCCUCCUCUCAUCUAUCGAACUCCCUGCCUAUCUAAUCCAUCAAUCCAUCCAUCCAUCUUUUUCUCAUCUAUACAGUCUUUUCUGUCUGUCUCUCUAAUCUUUCCUUCCUUGUAUCUCUCUUUUCAUCCAUGUCUGCACCUACGUAUCUAAGACAUCUCUCCUACCUUUCCUUUUCUAAUUUAUGUAUACAAUAUAUCCAUUUCGAUCCUUCUAUCUGUCUCCCUGUCUUCGUCCAUACAUAUAUCUGUUUUUCUAUCUAGUCUAUCCUUCCAUCUCUCUCUCUCUUACCCGUGUAUCUAUUUAUCUAAUUUAUACAUCUAUGUAAUCCAUCUCUCUCUAAUCUAUCUCUCCUUCCAUCUUCUGUCUCUUUCUCUUCAUCUAUUUACCUUAUACAUCUAUUUAAUUGUCUAUAUCUCAUUUAUACUUCUAUCUAUGUGAUCCAUCUAUAUAGAGAGAGAUGGAUAGAUUACAUAGAUAGAAAGAUAUUUAGAUCACUAAAUAAGUGGAUAAAGUGAUAGAUCAAUAAAUAAAUGGAUGAAUGGAUAAAUUGUUAGAUUAAUAAAUAAAUGGGUGAAUAAAUAAAUAGAUCAAUAAAUAAAUGGAUGGAUGGAUAGAUAGAUAAAUGGACAAAUUCUAUAUCUAUUCAUUUAUUUAUUGAACUAUCUAUCUCUUAAAGAUCCUUCCAUCUCUACCUUCUUCACUUCAUCUGUGUGUCUGUCUGUUUUCUCUAUCUGAUUUAUAGAUCUAAUUUACCCAUCUAUCUACAAUAAUUUAUGCAUCUAUGUAUACCUUUCUAUAGAUUCUAUUGUUCUCUAAUUUAUGUCUUACAUCUAUCAGUUUAUCUCCUAUCUUAUACAUCUAAUUUAUCAAUCUCUAUUUAUAUAUCUAAUCUAUUGAUUUAUCUCUAAACUAUCUUCUAAUUUAUACAUCUGUUUAAUCUAUCUCUAAUCUAUACAUCUCUCUCUCUUACCUAUCUAUACAUCUAAUCUAUUUUAUUUAUACAUCUCUCUAUCAAACUCUCUAUCUUUCUAUUUUAUUUAUACAUCUAUCGAUCUCUAUCUAAUCUAUCUAUAUUCUACAUUGGUCUGAUCUGUCCAUCCGCCUAUGUAAUCGAUCCAUCUCUCCAAUCCAUCUCCCUCUUCAGUUGUAUACAUCUAUCUGCCUAACCUAUCGAUCUGUCUUCCUUCCUUCGAAACCCAGGUCCUGCAUGUUGCUUUGUCCCAUCUUUCCCCCCACAAACCUCAUGCUCUGUACAUAAUGUUGCACAGGUUUCAAGCUCGUUUGGACGAAUUAAUUAACUAUAGAAAUACCA